AUGUCGCAGACCUCUCUAAACACCAUCCAGUUCGACCCCAUGUCGGUGACACAGACCUGGCCCAAAAGCCGCGUCACCAACGAGUUCUUUCAUCAGGCCAAUCAGCAGCUAAACCAGAAGAAAAUGAUCGACGAAGCGCGGGCAUUCGUCGACGAUAACAAGAAUCAAAAUGUGGACGGCGAAGCUAGACAAGCGACCGACAUUAUUCAACACUUAUGCGAUGUAAUCGAAAAAUUGGAGAAGAAAUCGGAGAGUAAUAGGAGGAAAAGUAAGCGUUUGACUUCAGUUGGUACUGGUGGCGCCACAGAGUUCCGGAACUUUUAUACUGUGCGCUUUUUUUCUUUUACAAUGGCGGACCUGAUCCAUUGGCAAAAAACGUGCCAUUUUGCAUCCGGGAAGCAUCAAUGCAGCAAAAUACCUCCCUCUCCGGGUGAAAAAACUCCGAUUUCAAAAGCGCUCUCGCUCUUUGUUUGAGAGAAAUUCGAAAUUGGCAAUUCAUCAAAAAAGACGCGGAAAAGCUUUUUGUCGGGAAAGAGACGGGGAUUUUUUGGGGCGAGAGAGUGCGUUUUUCCACGUUUUUUCUCUGACUUCUCUGUGAAAUCAAGGUGAAGUGUAAAAAACCGAUAGAAGAGUCUAUUCCGGUCACCGGACUCCCCAGAUGGGCAGACAAGCGUCCCAGCCAAAAAAAGUUGGAUUUGACUCGCGUUAUGGAUUUCUUAUACCAUACACCCACCAAUUGAAGAUAGCUACGGAUUUUAAGACCAUAAAAAAAGUUUACCGGCAAAACGUUCAGCUGCUUCUUUUGCUAUUAGUUUUUUUUUGCUUAUCUGCAAGUACAACCUUCCACCGAAAAUCUUGGCCCGUCUCGUCGGCCGAAGCAGCCAUGGCCCAGGGCUUUUCAAGUCAGGCCAAGCCACGUAGAUCCCGAUUGCCGCAUCUAGGAAAUGCUUAGUCCACAGGAUAUCUCGAAUAACGCCACACAUCAAACUGAGAUAAGCUAAUCCGGUGAAUGGAUUCGUACAGUGGACCCGAUCCAAUGGCAAAAAACGGCUCAUUUUGGAUCCCUGAAGGGACUAAAAUGACUCCAAACCCUUUCCUUUUCUAAGCUAAAACACUCCGCUUUGAAAAGCGCACCCUUUCCUUCAAGGCGGGCUCUUCAAAGCGGGGUUUUUUAGCUUUGAGAAGGGAAGGGUUUGGAGACAUUUUGAUCCCUUCCGGGAUGCAAAAUGAGACGUUUUUUGCCAUUGGAUCCGGUCCCUCACUGUAAUUUGCCAACAAAAGACGCGAAAAAACGUUUUGUCGGUGAAGAAAUGGGGAAUUUUUGGGGCGAGAGAGUACGCUUUUGCAUGUCUUUUUUCUCUCUUUCUCUGCGAAAUCAAGACGAAGUGUAAAAAACCUAUAGCGAAGGGUCUAUUCCGGUCACCGGACUCCUCAGUUUGACGUGCGCCAUGCUGCAUCAAUCCCAUCAUUAUUCAACUUUUAGGCCGGAUCAGUAUUGCCAGCCAACUGCAGCCAAUGGGCGUAAUCCGAGAGGAGCCGCAUUUCGAGUCGAUGAUUUUCAGCAGCAUCCAAGACAUGAAUCGUCGGCCCUCUUCGGUCCGCAGCUUCCGCGAUCCCGAGGAAAUGGAGAAGGCCGAGGAGGACGCGGAUUUCAAGCAACUUUACAGCGAGACUGAUCCUGUAAGAAGAGUUUUUCAUCUUUCUAUCUUACCAUCAUAUCUCGCCGAUUGUAUUUUCCCUAUAUUUUCAGUAUCUUGUCCGGUUCAUCCCUUAUGCCAUAAUCUUCGUGACGGCGGUGCUGUACAUCUAUGUUGGCGCCAUUUGCUUUUCGUAUAUUGAUCCGGCCAUUGAGAAACUCCCUUAUUAUUUGCAAGUCCAGUUUACCUUCGAAGUGGUGACGACAAUCGGUUGGGGAGAUCUGACACCAUCUUCGAAUUGGGGAAAGAUCGCCUGUGUUAUUUAUCAGGUACGUUGAUGUAAAGGCUUUUCAAAAAACCGGGGUUUUACAUACUACAGUGAGGGACCUGAUCCAGUGGCAAAAAACGUUCCAUUUUGCAUCCGGGAAGUAUCAAAAAUGUGGCAAAAUACGGUAAAAGUUCCUUAUUUUGGCCACAACUUAUAACUUUGCGGAAACUGGUCGGAAUUAGCCCAAAUUUUUGGCGUGCACGCUCAAUUCAUCGUUGUCAAUGCCCGGACGGUGGAUUUAGUUAGCAAGGUACCUUCUUUUUUACGUACCACCUUACUCUUCAAAAACGGCUGCAGGCUGUGAUUUUACACUUUAUACGAUGAAACCUGUCCGGAACUAAACUUAUUGCCUCCGUAUGGAACUAAAUGAGUCGUCACAGCCUUCGUAGAUACCCUUAAAACUAUAGAUCUAUGAUGGUAAUUCAGUUCCAGCUAGGUCGAAGCGUUUUUUUCCUAACUUUAGUGCCCAAGCUUGGGCGCAGUUCGCGGAGUACCUUUGUUGUGGCCAAAAUAAGGAACUUUUUCCCAAAAUACCUCCUUCUUCAAGUGAAAAGACUCCGAUUUUAAAAGCGACCGCUCUUUUUGCGAGGGAAGGCCCUUCAAAACGCAGUUUUUUAGCUCGAAAAGGAUGAAUUUUGCUGCAUUUUUAACACUUGCUUGGAUGAAAAAUUGUCCGUAUUUUGACACAGGAUCAAGUCCGCCACUGUAUUUCCUUUGCAAUUCGUUGGCCAACAAACGUUCUGAGCCUAGCCGUAUUUUACCGUUUCAGAUCGUCGGAGUCCCCAUCGUCUUCGCCGCCCUCUCGAAUUGCGGCCGAUUGCUGACCGAGUUCUACACCGUCGACUUUCUUUAUUUGACGGCCGUCGUGCGAGGCAAGAACCCCACCAAGAACUCGUUGGCCAACAAACUUCCGUUGGUGUCGUGCAUCAACUUGAUGGUGGUCCACCUGUUCCUCGGAAUAUUGCUGUUCUCCGGGCUCAUCAUGAAUUUGAGCGUCAUCGACUCGGUCUAUUUUACGUAAGUUGAGGGUAAUGUGGAAAACACGUCGUAGAAUAGAGAUCCGUAGCGCUGGAGUCCAACAUAGAGGUCUAUAGAUAAGCGAGAAUCAUAGCGUGUGCAUUCGUAUGCAUAUUUGAGCCUAGUCCACUCAUUUUUGUAACCGAAAAUUUGAGAUAACGCCCAAAAUUUUAGGCAUGGCUCCGGGCCGGGCUUUCCAAAAUUUCCCGGCCCGGGCCGGGCCGACUAAUUUCUCGGCCCGACCCCGGGCUUCGAUUUUCAGGCCCGGCCCGGCCCGGGCCGGCCCGGUUUUUUAUGAAAUCUGAGUUUUGCCCGGAAAAAAAGGAAAAAAUAAGCUUUUUCGAUAAAAUUUUUCAUUUUUUCGAACACAAUGCUGAUAGCGAACGUAAAAUGACCUUAUUUACCACUCGCCCAAAUGAAAAAAUAAUUUUCAAGUCAAUUUGAAAAAAAAAUCAGAAAUUCUUAAGUGCGACCUCAUAGUUAAUUCGCUGGCAAAAAAAAACAAAAGGAAAAAUUUUCAAAAAUACGCAAUACGCUUGUAGGUUUUUUCAAAUUCAAUAAAAGAUCUGUGAUAAAACAUUUUUGCUAAAAUUUGGGUGACUAUACACAAAAUUUUAUGAUUUUUUGUAACCAGAUGGUAAGACAAUUUAUGGCGACUUAGUAAUUUAUAAAAAUAGUCAAGCGGCAAUUGAACUAUGUAUAUGUUUUGCUAAAUUAUCUUUUACAUUUUGCGAAUUUUCCUUUCAUUUCCUGCUUUGUUUCUUUCCAGCGUAGUACAAAAAUUUUCCGGGCCGAACCGGGCCGGGCUUUCCAAAUUUUACAAGCCCGGGCCCGGGCCGGGCUUGGAGAUUUAGGCCCGGCCCGCAGGCCCGGGCCGGGCCGGGCCGGGCUGGCCCGGUUUGCAGCCAUGCUUACAAAAUUUCGCGCAGGCGUAGCGAUACUUGCGGGAAAUUGAGCGGCAGUUGAGAUUUGCCGAUUAGAAUUGCUGUUUUUUAUCGUAAUACAGUGGGGACCUAAUCCAGUGGCAAAAAACGUAGCAUUUUACAUCCAGGAAGCAUAAAAAAUGUGGCAAAAUACCUCCCUCUCCAAAUGAAAAAAACUCAGAUUCCAAAAGCGCGCCCGCUUUUUUUUAUGAGGAAAGAGGGCGCGCACGGCAACCCGAAAUAGAAGAAAAAUGUUUCCCGCCCACUUUUGAGUUUCGUCCAAACGAAGUGUCAAAAUUGACAAAAGAAAUAAAAUAAUUCCGAGAAAAAUAUUUUUCGGUCGCAAAAUCCCACGAAAAAUUCCUUUGUGACAUUUUGUUUGAUUUCAACCGAUACAAAAUGGGCGAAGUGUCGAAAGGAGCCAGGAAACACUUCGGGUUGCCGUGGCGCGCCCUUCAAAACGAAGUUUUUUCACUUGGAGAGGGAAGCAUUUUGCCACAUUUUUGAUACCUCCCGGAUGCAAAAUGGUACGUCCUUUGCCACUGGAUCAGGUCCCUCACUGUAAGGACAAAAUAUGAUUUUUUCUCUGACCUCUCUCCGCGUUUUGCAAGCUCUAUCGGCAGAAAAGGUCGUAUUCUUGGCGACGUCUGCAAAGCUUUUUUGAAAUCGGAGUUUUUCUCACUUGGAGAGGGAAGCAUUUUGCCACAUUUUUGAUACCUUCCGAAUGCAAAAUGGUACGUUUUUUGCCACUGUAUCAGCCCCCCCCUUUGUAUACGCAGUGUGAUAGAAAUUUCGCUUUGGUAACUCCGUGGCGCAGAUAGGUACACUAACCUGUUGAAUUCACCCACCGCUUUCAAAGCUGUGGGAUUUUGCUUUCAAAAAAUGGUUUCUGGACCUUUAAAAAUGCAUGGUUAAACUUAUGGUAACAAUUCAAGCCACUUAUCAGCAAUAGACUUAAUUCGCAACAUCUAACAGCCAAAUUCAUCGUUAGAAUUUCCUGUUGUAAGCAAAUGUUGGCUGAUUUCCAAAAACAUGUCCGCAAAAUCUCCAUGGUUCUUCUGGCUGUCCGUAAAGUCGUUGGCCGCAAGUGUGCGCCCUCCCAUUUUCUUCACCGUAUAUCUGAAUUAUCUCAUUCCCUUUUCCAGCGUCAUCACAAUCACCACCGUGGGCUUUGGUGACAUUGCGCCGAAGCCGCACAACAUGUUCGAGACCGUCGUUUGCAUGGUGUUCAUCUCGUCCGGCAUGAUUGUAAUGGCCGCUCUGCUCGUCACCCUCUCCUAUUACUUCCAAUUAAUCUUCUACGGCUAUCUGAACGACUGGAUCUUCGACUUGUACGAGAAGCUGACGUCGAGACGGAAGGUUUCGCCUCCGGAGAUCAAGACGAGUAAAGGGUUCAAUCGAGUUUAG